AUGCCUGAUAAACAUAAACUUAAAUUGUUCUCCCAUUUCAAACAACCAUCUCAUGCUCCUGAAGAAGAAUUGGCUCAAUCAACUUCUAAUCAUUCCGUCACUAAAAAGUUUCUUGGAUUCCAUAUCGGUAAACAUGAAUCAAGUGAUUCCUUAACAAGUCCAACUUUAACAAAUUCUUCAGAUCAUCAUAUUAGUCACUCAGGUAUAGUAUCACCUCAACCUCAAUCUCAUUCUCAUAUUCCUCAUAACAUCAGUAAUACUGACGUGUCAUCAUCUCAUACCCACAUUCAUAGUCAAUCAUCCCGUACAAAUUCUCCUGUAGUUGCUGCAGUUGCUGGUUCAUCUGGAACAGCUAGUUCAACUCCUCUUAAUAAAGAAGAUUCAAAUCAUACCUUUUUACAAUCAAAUUCAAUGGCUGAUUUAAAAAGUUUCUUUAAACCAACCAAAAAAAUCAUAUCGGCAACUAGAAAUAAACUUGAUUAUAAUAAUCUAAUUCAUUCUCCUGUAAAUUCUAACAGUGGAAUUAAUAGUGGAUUACAAUCUCGUGAUCAAUCAUCAACAAAUUUAGCAUCAUUAAUCAAUCAAACAUCAUCUCAAUUAUUACAUAAUGCAACUCAUAGUCAUCUGAAUCUGAAUAAAGAUCCAUUUACCGAUGAUAAUUCUCCCUUGGUUAAAAAAUAUGGUAAAAUUGGUAAAGAAUUAGGUAGUGGAGCUGGUGGUUCAGUUAAAUUAAUCAUUAGACCUUCUGAUCAAAAAACUUUUGCUGUUAAAGAAUUUAGACCCAGAAGACUGACAGAAACUUUAAAAGAUUAUACCAGAAAAUGUACGGCUGAAUAUUGUAUUGGUUCAACUUUAAAACAUCCAAAUAUUAUUAAAACUAUCGAUAUUAUUCAUGAAAAUAAUCGAUAUUUUGAAAUUAUGGAAUUUGCUCCUAUAGAUUUCUUUGCAGUAGUAAUGAGUGGUGAUAUGUCAAGACAAGAAAUAAAUUGUUGUUUAAAACAAAUCUUGGAAGGGGUGGCAUAUUUACAUAAUUUAGGGUUAGCACAUCGUGAUUUAAAAUUAGAUAAUUGUGUUAUAACUACUGAUGGUAUACUUAAAAUUAUUGAUUUUGGUAGUGCGGUUAUUUUCAAAUAUCCUUAUGAUCAAUAUGGUAAUUCUAAAGAUUCAAUUCAUCCAUGUCAUGGUAUUGUUGGUUCAGAUCCUUAUUUAGCUCCUGAAGUAUUAAAAAAUUCAAAUUCUUAUAAUCCUCAACCAGUUGAUUUAUGGUCAAUUGCUAUAAUUUAUUGUUGUAUGACAUUAAAAAGAUUUCCUUGGAAAAUUCCAAAUCCUGAUAAAGAUAAUAGUUUUAAAUUAUAUUCUUUAACGGAUGAUAAUUUCCAUGAUUAUUAUUUAAGUAAUGAAUGUCAUAAAUUAUUAUUACAACAACGAAAAUUAAAGAAUUUAAUUGUUAAACUGAAUAAGAAAAAGAAAUUAUUAGCUAGUAAUGCUGUUACUCCAAAUACAAUUGAUGCUACUGAAAUGACUCAUAAUGUUGAAGGAUCGGAAGAUCAAAUAAUGACCAAUGCUGACUCUGAAGAGAAUAUUGCAAAUAAUGUGACCAAUAAUGAUGAUAAUAGUAAUAUUAAAAAUAAUAAAUCAAAGAAGGAUUUCGUAAGAAAAUCAAGUAUUGCUACCACUGCAUCUAAAAUUGAUCCAUCUGAUAUAUUAUCUGAAGAACAAUCUCAAGAUAUUUUAAAUCAAUUAAAACAAAUUGAUCAAAAACUAGAAGAUUAUGAAGAAAAGAAAAAUAUGUUAAAGAAUAAAUUCCUUGAACGUAAAAAGCUUGAAGCUGAAGCUGAACAUCAUGAGGAAGCUCCAACUUCUCCAAAAGCUGUUGUACCAACCGACGACAGUGAUGAAUCUGCAGCCGCCGCUGCUGCUGCCGCCGCCGCUAAGAAGAAACAAGCUCAUCAACAUAAACAAAUACAUGGUCCUUAUAGAUUAAUGAGAUUAUUACCUCAUGCAUCAAGACCAAUCAUUCAUAAAAUGUUACAAAUCGAUCCUCGUAAAAGAGCUUCAUUAGAAGAUAUUAUGACUGAUGAAUGGAUUUCAGAAAUUCAAUGUUGUACUUUGAAACGAGUUGCUCGAACUUCUGAACCUAAUAAUUUUGAUGAUGAUGAAAAUGAUGUAUUAGUUAAAGGUUUACCAUUACAUGACCAUACUGUUGUUUUAGAAGGUUAA